AUGACGCCAGAGCCUCCAACAGAGCGGUCAGUCAUGGCAGUAAUUAGGGCAGCUCGGCCUACCUUGCGGAACGCCAACGACAAGGUUGCCUUCGCCGUUCACGCGACUCUUUUCGCCUCCGGUUUGGUCCUCCGCGCCACCGGUCCGGCCGCCUUUUCCAAGCACCAUUCCGAUCCCGAUCCCCCCGGCUGGUACAAGGAGGUUGGGAUUGACAGUUGGAAUCAAGUCCAAGCUAAUUACGCCUUUGUGUAUACCAAACCCAACGUGAAUCCCGAGUCGAAUUAUCUCAUGAGCUUGGAGAAAAUCGUGGUAAAGUGUCAAGCCUUGAAUGGUAAAUUACACGUUGAUGCCCUAAGCAAAGGAGUGAAUCCGAUAUUUAAUACUGACGUGAUUGCCCAGAUGGACAUAAACGUCCGGGAUUACGUGCCGGAGGAGGAAGUUUACGGCCGAUCGACGAAUUAUAAUAAUAACAGUAAUCAGCAAUAUAAUUACGAUUCAAUGUUUGAGGAUUUGGGAGAUCUUGUGAGAUACGUUCAUAACGAAAUCGUGACAAAGUUUUCUACUCCACCGUUGCAGUUACGCCCGCAGCCGGUCAUGAUUCCGGGUCCCGGUUCGGCUUCGGGUAUGCCGUUUGGCCUGCUUACACCGGAUGCGGUUCAGCAGUUCGGUAAGUUGGGAUCCGGGUCAGCCAAUGGGAAAGAAGCCAAGAAGACACAUACAAGAAGAUCGAGUCCGGGACCGGGUCAGCAGUUUGGUACACCUCCACCGUAUUCGGGUCAACAGUUUGGUAAGUUCGGAUCCGGGUCAGUAAAGGGAAAAGAAGUCGAGAAGACACCUACUACAACUGAGGGGUAUACUACAACCGAGCGUUCUGUGAUGGCAGUAAUAAGGGCAGCCAGGCCUGCCUUUCGGAACGACCACAACAAGGCGGCUUUCGCCGUUCACGCGACCCUUUUCGCCUCCGGGUUUGUCCUUCACGCAGCCGGGCCGGCCGCUUUCCGGGACGAGGUUAUGUCUUACACGAACGGCUACAAUGAGGUUGGCAUUGAAACCUGGAAUGAACGCGACUCUCAUUAUGCCUUCCUGUACUCGAAACCCGACGAUGAAUUCCGCUACCAUAGAGUCACGGUUGAAUGUUUCGCCUUCAAUGAUAAAUUGCACGUUAUUGCUCAAAACCUAGGUGAUCUCGUGGUGGUCGGCCACAUGGAAAUCAACGUCCAAGAUUACGUGACGGAGAUUAAUAAUGGAGCUAAUAGUAAUAAACAUAACUAUGGUUCAAUGUUCAAGAAUUUCGGGAAGUUGGUGAGAGAUGUGAAGGAUAAGAUUGUGGGAAAAUUUGUUACUUGUCCUCCUCCAUUGGGUUUACCUACGCCUCCUGCUUUACGUCAUCUUUUCCCAAAAAGUGGGAAAAGUAAUAGUUCUGGAUAUCAGCAUUCAACGGGUUUUCCUCCUCCUCCUCCUCCUCCUUCUAUGGCCGACUACCAUUUUCCGUCCUACUUUCCGCCUAUAUUAAUCUGA